ACAGGCCCGGAGCGAGAGAUUGCUUCCUUAAAGCCACCAGCUGGCGAGUGACAGAAGCAAGCAGAUGACAUGGCGGAACUGCUCCUCGGGGAGUCGAAGCUGGAGCAGUACCUCAAGGAGCAGCCCCUGAGGCAGGGGGCCAGUCCCCGGGGCCCCAGGCCCCAGCUGACUGAGGUCCGCAAGCAUCUGACCGCCACCCUGGACCGAGGGAACCUCAAGUCAGAAUUCCUACAAGAAUCCAAUCUGAUGAUGGCCAAGUUGAAUUAUGUGGAAGGAGAUUAUAAAGAAGCUCUCAACAUUUAUGCCCGGGUGGGCCUGGAUGACUUGCCGCUGACCGCCGUCCCUCCAUACCGGUUGCGGAUGAUCGCGGAAGCCUACGCUACCAAAGGACUUUGUUUAGAGAAGUUGCCUAUUUCCUCUUCUACCAGUAAUCUCCACGUGGACCGGGAGCAGGAUGUCAUCACCUGUUACGAGAAAGCAGGGGACAUUGCACUCCUGUACCUGCAAGAGAUAGAAAGGGUAAUACUUACUAAUAUUCAAAACAGAAGCCCUAAGCCUGGCCCUGCUCCCCACGAUCAAGAACUAGGUUUUUUCCUAGAAACAGGACUUCAGAGAGCCCAUGUCCUCUAUUUCAAAAAUGGGAUAGAUGUGCAUGAAGACCAACAGAACUUGACAAGAGGAGUUGGGAGAUUUAGAGAGCUCCUCAGAGCAGUUGAAACGAGAACAACUCAAAACCUGCGAAUGUGCUGUCUCUUGAAACAUCAGAAAUGCAUCCUGUAAGGCAGCUGGAAUGGAAGCCCUCCCAAAGGCCAGCGUGGUGAAACGGUUGUUUGAACGCCUAUGAUUCAUACCACCAGACAGAGCAAAGCAGAUUAGACCCUGAGGAGUCCCUCGUUG